UGCCCCCAAUAAGUGAAACCAUCAAUCCCCUGUAUAUAUAACCACUCUUCCUCUCCUCCAAAUUAAAACACUUAUCAUGGAUGUUAAGAAAGGUGGGUCUGUAGUACAAGCACAAGUGAAGUUGCAGAAGCAUAACGAAAAGGAGAUGGGCAUGAGAAAAGGUCCAUGGGCGGUUGAGGAGGACACCAUUCUGGUCAAUUACAUCGCCACACACGGUGAAGGCCACUGGAAUUCCGUGGCACGAUGUGCAGGUCUAAGGAGGAGUGGGAAGAGUUGCAGAUUAAGGUGGCUAAACUACUUGCGCCCAGACGUGCGGCGUGGAAAUAUCACACUCCAAGAACAAAUAUUAAUUCUCGACCUUCACUCUCGCUGGGGCAACAGGUGGUCAAAGAUUGCUCAACAGCUACCAGGAAGAACAGACAACGAAAUAAAGAACUAUUGGAGGACCAGAGUGAUAAAACAAGCGAAGCAGCUAAAGUGCGAUGUGAAUAGCAAACAGUUCAGAGACACGUUGCGUUACGUUUGGAUGCCGCGCUUGCUGGAGCGGCUUCAGCCCACAUCACAAGCACUGGAGCCAAACCAAAGUGGACUUGUGUUACACGCUUCAUCAUCACUGCUUCCUUCGAAUUCCGACCGUAGUAUUGAAAGGGGGUCGGAUCUGUGGCCAGGUUUCAAUAACCAAAUGUUGUUGGAACAGGGGAGUGGCGGUGACUUGUUGGAAAGUUUGUGGGAUGACGACAAUAUGUGCUUUUUGCAACAGCUUUCUUAUGACCUCCAAAUGAAAUAAAAUACAAUUCCCUUCCGUCACGCAUUCUGCAAUGCACAGUGCUGAAAGUUGAGCAUGCGUUCAAUGAAUAUUGUUUUCCUCACUUUCAUGUACAUAUUAAAUCUUAGAGACUAAACUAGUCACGUGCCUAAAAGUUGAUACCAGUUGAAAUAAUAUGGUUUAUUAAUCUUAAUUGAAAAAAAUAGUCUAUGCCUUUGUUUAUGUAGUUA